AUGAGCGGCAGCUCGAAUCAGUCCACUCGAACGAGUCCCGGCUCCUUUAGUACGGCACAGCGCACCGAGUCUGUGUCUUCUGGUUCAUCGCCACCACAGCAUCCGCUCUCAUCCUCCUCUUCUCCAACGGCCCCGACAACUCAGCAUGCGAUGUCGACCGACGUCUACAGCCCAAGCGUGUCUCAAGCUCCUACAUCUUUAGCUCCCACUUUCACUUAUCCUUUUUCGCCCCUGAGCGCUUCUUCCUCCUUCGACAGCGGAAUGCGCCUCAGCGACUCAGACCGAAAUUUCCAAGGCCUGAAUGGCCUUGGGCGCACCGGCGGUGGCGGUGCCAUUUUGAUGCGCAAGUUGCCUCGGAACACAAGUCGAGAAGCCCUUCGCAGCAUGUUGCUCUUUGCCAAAGACUUUGUGGAUGCCGAUUUUGUGACAUCCGACAACCCGGAAGACGAAGGGUUCCUCAGCGCGAUCGCCCGUUUCAACACUCUUCCUGCCGCUGAGGAGGCUCGUGCUCUCCUGGACGGCAAACCAAACUCCAAGAACGAUGCCAACAUGGUCGUGGAAAUGUACCCGGGUCCGGUAGGAUCGAGCCUUUCGAAUGCACGCCGCAACACAAUAGACCACACCAACAGCCGUGGUCUCUUGGGGAGCGUCCCCUCCAAUGGUCAUCUCUCGCGGCAGUCCUCUCGUUUUAACGGUACGUUCCAAAGUCUUGAGAGGCUGUCUUCGGUGAACCCUUCUCAGGCCAUAGGCGAGGGUCUACCUUCGGCAUCCGACUCCGGCUCGCGCCUCCACAGUCUUUUCUCACCACAGUCGCCGAUCGGCAACGGAGUCGGUGACCUUCCGCGAGUGACUGGCAAAUCGAUGAUCGAUGAAGAUCCGGACGAGGAGACUGGGGAGUUGCUCAAGGAUCCAGUGGGCUACGCGGAGAACGGCCAUUCCGCCUCGGUCUCGGCCCCACGGCGGUCGACCAACCCUCAGAUUCCGACCAGUCGCUUUGCUAAUCUCUCGUUGUCAACUGCCAUGUCUUCUCCGCCCUUGCCCAACUAUUCCUCGAAUGGAGCCGGACAGCGUAUGGGUAGUGUCAGUGGUCCGUCCUCGGCCUACCCCGGCGGACAUGGUCACGGUCAGGGUUAUCCGUACGGUGGUGGCCAGCACACCCCUCGUCACAGCCUCCCAGCUGCGAAUCCCAACGAUUUGAACCCUCCUUGCAACACGCUCUACGUGGGCAAUCUGCCGCCCGACACUUCGGAGGAAGAACUCAAGGCCCUCUUCUCCAAGCAGCGCGGAUACAAGCGACUGUGUUUCCGCAACAAGCAAAACGGUCCCAUGUGCUUUGUUGAAUUUGACGAGGUGGCCAUGGCCAGCAAGACACUCAACGAGCUUUACGGCUACAAGCUGUCCAACAGCGUGAAGACUGGCAUCCGUCUUAGCUUCUCGAAGAACCCCCUUGGUGUUCGAUCGGGACAACCUGGCAGUAUGAGCGCAUCCAAUGUCCUCCAAGCCCCCGGGAUCACUCCGGGAGGCAACAACCUCAGCGGUAUGCACAGUCACAUGUUCUCCUCGGUCAGCGGACCUCCUCCUGGUCUGGCGGCGCCCCCGGGGCUUGCGAUGCCCAUGCCGAUGCGGAAUGGCAACGCUCUCCACGGUGCCCACGGUAACGGUCACCCACACGCCGUGGUCGGCAACGGUGGUUUCAACCACAACUCCGGUCUCGGCAUCCGUACCAACGGAGGGAACCCGCUCAUGAUGUCGCCUCCGCCUCAUGGCCCCCCUGCUGGCAAUAAUGCUGGCCCGAACCUGAACGGCUACAACACCUUCUACCCAGACUACAUGAUGGGUCGCUAG